AUGAGUUCUAGUGAAGAAAAUAUUGGUGAAUCAACAUCUAUUAUAACUAAAGAUAAAAAAAAAAGUGGUGGUCGUCCAAAAGGAAAUCUUGAUCAACAUGUUAGUAUAAUAGAAUUAGAUCAACAAAAAAUUAAAAGAGUUCAUCUUGCUUGGGCUAGAGCUUUUGCUAUUUGUGGAAUUCCUUGGCAUACUAUAGAAAAUCCUUUUUUUAUUGAAGCAUUAAAAGAAACAAAUUUAUCUUAUAAUCCACCAACACGUCAAUUUUUAUCAGGCCAUUUGUUAGAACAACAAUUAGCUUUAAUUAAUCAAAAAACUA